AUGACUAAAGAGGAGAUAGAAAAGUAUGUAGUUCUCCUUCGCGACGAGUUGGAUCGCGAACGCACCGAGCGAAACAUGCUCGCCCUCGAACGCGACAAAAUCUCCACGUUUUGGGAGGUUGGUAAAAAGCAGCUGGAAGACGCGAGGAACUUGCUGCGCAAGAAGGAGCGCGAAUUGGAGGAGACUGAGGAGCGCCACCAGAUGGAAAUGCGCAUUUACCGACAGAAGGUGAAGCACAUACUCUUUGAGCAGAACGCCAAGCAGUCGGACGUGAAGAGGGAGACGGCGGUGACGCUGAACGCGAUGGCAGACGAGACGAGGGUGGAGGUUCAGGAACUGCACGAUGAAAAUUACACCUUAAAGGCGCAAAUGCGAUUCAGACAACUUGAGUCUGAGGAGGCCAUUAAAAUGCUCAAACGACAGCACGAAACUGAGAUGACAGAACUUCGCCAGGAGUUCAUUAAACAGGCGGAAGAGAUGGAGCAGAGGGCCGCUAAACAGGCGGCUGAGCUGCGCGAGGAGCUGGAGACGAAGCGCGUGAGCGAAAUUCACGCCACCGAGGAGCGCAAAAACAUCCAUAUAAAGCAGCUCGAAAUGGCUCAUGACAAGGCCUUCAACGGCAUGAAAAGCUACUACAACGACAUCACCUUGGGCAACGUUAACGUCAUUAAGACUUUGAAGGAGAACAUCGAGGAACUUCGUUCAAACCUCGUACGGAUGCAGCGUGACUUGGAGGCGAGUCUUGCGGAGACGGCUGAGUACAAGAAGAAACUGGAGGAAUCUGAGGAGCUAAAUAAGAACCUGCGCAAGGUCGCUCAACUCUAUGAAGCCGAAAAAUUUGCCCACACUGCGGAGGCUCAAAGAAAGCGUCUGAACGACGAGAUGGAGUCGACACUGCUCGAGAUCAAGCAGAAAGCCGGCCUUCGAAGCGCCAUCUUGGAGAGGAAGCUCGGCCACCUGGUGACGAUCAUGGAAGCCAAAGAAACCGAACUGCACACGCUGAUCAUGGCCAUGAAUGCGGACCCCGCGGCAGUGCAGGAGUCUCGCAAGCACCUUGAGGUUAGUGUUCUGACUUGGCUGACUGUGAUUCACCCCUCCUGCUCUCCUAUUGGUCGAGCUGGCUGUUCGUGGUCGGCCAUGUUGAAGUGCCCAUUUUCCCACCUGAUCACCACAAGUUGGCAUCGUGGCGUUGAUUUGGUCGUCUACCUCUGGCGUGCGCUUGACUUUCGACCUCUUGAACUUUUGUGCAAGAAGAACACAGCAAUCAAGGAGCUGCAAUACGAGGUGUCGCGUAUGGCUAAGGCCUAUGUCGACUUGUGGGGAGCCUGUCAGCAAAAGUUGGUGGAGGAGUUGAGUCAUCCGGUGAACCUGGGAAUCCAACCGCUCAACGCCAACCCCUCGCUCAUCUCGCCGUUCAACACUGCGACCGCCGAAGCCAAGUUGCUGAAUCUGACGUCGAAGCAUCCGGGCACAGCCAGUGCCGUCAUCAAGGGGAAGGGGCCCCUUGGCCUCACCUCCAUCCCUCCACUCUAA